UCUGUGCCAAGGCGUGUCGGUUUUCCUACUUAUUGUCCAGUUCUAUUUUCGCUAAAGAAUUACCUCCUUUUGUGGACGAUUGGCUUUGAAACGGGACUUAAAAAUUACGUGGACAAAGCAAAUAAGGCAAUGGAUCUUGGACCCAAUAUCUUCAAGUUCAGAGGAAUAAAAAUACAACCAGAUCCAGUGCAUGACUAUCCGACGUCACUACAAGAAACCCACACACCACUUGUAAUCGAUAAUGGGUCAUAUCACUGCAGGGUUGGUUGGGCGACGGAUGAAAAGCCGAGAAUGAUCUUCAAAAAUGUUGUGGCAAGACAGAGAGGCAAGAAAGAAACGGAUCUCCAGAUAGGGAACGACAUCAACAAUAUUGAAGUCGUCCGUUGGCUACUGAAGACACAGUUUGACAAGAACGUGGUUACCCAAUACGACGUGCAGGAGCAAAUCUUUGACCACAUCUUCCAGAAGCUUGGCAUCAAUUCAGAAGGUGGUAUCCAGCAUCCGAUGGUCUUGACGGAACCGCCCCUGAACCCCAACUACUGCCGGCAACAAAUGUCCGAACUACUCUUCGAGUGUUACCACGUGCCACAGAUCGCCUACGGCGUUGAUGCUAUGUUCAGUUUCUACAACAACUAUGAAAACUCAGGUGAAAUGGAUGGUCUUGUGUUGUCUUGUGGUAACCACGCAACCCACCUCCUCCCUGUCCUAAACGGCCGCCUGGAUCCGACGCAUGCGCGACGGAUCAGCCUCGGAGGCAGCCAUCUUGAUCUAUUCAUGCAGAAGCUUUUGCAACUCAAGUAUCCUGGCCAUUUGAACGCCCUGACGUUAUCAAGAGCAGAGGAGCUGAUUCAAGACUAUUGUUACACGGGUGUCGAUUUCGUCUCGGAGGUGAACGCAUGGGCAGACGUGGACUAUUACGAGGCUAAUGUCAAAAAGAUUCAACUUCCAUUCACGCCGCUGCCGGGUGCGAGUUUGUCCAGUGAACAACAGAAAGAGAAGAAAGAUCAACAAAUACGACGUCUAAAGGAAGUUAAUGCCAAGAAAAGGGAAGAAAGGCUUGCUGAGCAGCAGGAGAAGUUACAGGAACUUCUCAGCCUGCAGGAACUCAUCGAGGAGGACAGGAUUGAGGAAUUUCAGAAAGCUCUAAAGCAGUUGGAGUUCUCAUCUGCCGAAGAGCUUCAGGCAGCCAUCGACAAGUUGAGCACGUCCAUUCAGAAGAUCAAGGCGAAGAUUCUCGGUAUCGAUGUGGUGGAGGAGGAGAAGGAAGAGCGAGAACCUGUGUUCGAUCUGUUGGACAUUCCCGACGAGGACCUCCUGCCCGCACAGCAAGAAAUCAAAAAGAGGCAGCGUAUUUUGAAAUGUGCGUACGAGGGACGUGUCCGGGCGCGCAAGCAGCGGGAGGAAGUCAAACAGAAGGAAUUGGAAGAAGAGCGUCGUAUGCAGAUGAAAAGAGAACAAGACUAUAAGGGCUGGCUUAGAGAGAUUCGCCAGAAACGGAAACUCUUGAUGGAGAAACGCAACAAAAGACGGCAGCGCCGGUCGGAUAUGGCCAAGAGACGGACGUUGGCGUCACAAGAGAGGAUGAAGAUAAUAUCACAGCUGGCGAAACGAGACUCCAAGAAAGACACUGAUAACUUUGGACAGAAUGAUGAAGAUUGGAACGUCUAUAAACAAAUUAAUAUCCAAGAUGGUGACAGUGACUCGGACGCCGAUCAAGACAAGCUAGAACAGCUGGAGGGAUUCCUACGAGAACAUGAUCCAGAGUUUGAAAAAGAAGCCAAUGGUGUAAACCAGGGUGGAAUUGUGGACCUGGCAGAGUACUACAGACUUCAUCUUGCUAUUGAGAUGAUCAGGGUGCCAGAACUGCUGUUCCAGCCCUCCAUGAUAGGGUUUGACCAGGCCGGCCUAACAGAGACAAUCCAGUUUGCUAUGAAGAAAUUCAGUGAUGACGAACAGAACCGGAUGGCCCAGAAUGUGUUUUUGACUGGUUCGCCGGCUUCAUUUCCAAAGUUCAAGGAGCGAAUGGAGGUGGAGUUACGUGCCAUUCGGCCAUUCCAGUCUUUAUUCAAUGUCAACACAGCAAAAAAUCCUACGCUUGAUGCCUGGUAUGGAGAGAAGAAAUUUGCGACGUCCCCAGACUUCAAAUCACAUAGCAUCACACGGAGCGAGUACGAGGAAAAGGGCGGCGAAUACCUGAAAGAACAUGAGGCGUCAAAUCGUUACUUGCCUCAGCCGAAACAAUCGUGAUCUUGAACCAGGAACAUUGGUUUGAAUUAUGAAGCCAUCUUUUCAAUUCAACGUUUUUGAGAAGACAAGUCACUGCCAGGAAAUGCAUUUUAAUCUGAUGGUCGAUUGACCAGAUUGAGUGGGACUGUAAACCUAUGAAUAUUCGCAUGCCUUUUUUGAUAAAAAUA